AUGACGAAAACUCGUUCUAAUAUCAGAGGAGUAGAUGUAGAUACUGUAAUUUUGAUGUCUACUAGGGCAUCUCGGAUGAAAAAUCAAGAUGCAAUUGACGUUGAUAUUAUAUGGAUGCUAGCUAAUCCAAAGGAGAUACCAAACUUGAUGCAUCAUCCAUUGAGAACAUUGUUAAUGGAAAGGAACCCGCCAUGUCGAUAUGAGAAUAUGUUUUGUGGAUCCCACCGCUACUCUGAUAAACAUGGUUGCCUUUUUGACUAUCAUGGUACUGCCCAUGAUGCUAUAGUUAAAGCCAUUCCUGUUAUUAAGACGGAGAAACUCAACAAGAUCUAG